AUGUUUCAGUAUGUGUUCAGCCUGGAGAACUGGGUUCUCACGGGUUUCCAGGGCGGCUAUCCAACCCUCAAUCCCCGCUCUUCCUGUGAGCCUACGGCAACCUGUCCUCCUUACUGGAUGAUGUUCAGCAGCCCUCAGGAGAGUAGGUUAGCCAGCCGCUGGAGCAGUGACUUCUGGGAGCCCAACCCUCAUCCCCGCAGCCGCAGCUUAAAUGCUGCUCACUACCACACGAUGAACGCCCGAGUCAGAUUCACCAUUUCUGACUCUGAAGAUGAAGAAUUUACAGAAGAAGAUGGUCUUGCUGAGGGUGAAGCACAGUCCAAACGGGGUGGUUCGGGUUUGCCAAGACAAGGACCAGGGUUGAAAGACUUGCACGCUUGUGGAUCAUCAAACUUCCUCAAGCUGCCUUCACCUUGCAGCCUCUCCACACAGCUCCAGGGGACGUCGACUUCCCUCUGCAGGUGUAACUCACCCAAAAGAAACUUCCAGAGGAGUCAGAGCUCUGCUGGUCAUACUAAUGCAUCUUCCACAAUCUCCCCCGACAACUUACAGUUUGAAUGCAUCAACAAUCCCACCCCAAAGGCCCAGGGUUCAUUCUUCCCCCUGGCCCCAUCACGGCCACUCAAUUCCCACGCUGCCGUCCUGGACUCUUCGGUCGAGCUGCUCUCCGCUCUCAGCCCAGAGGAGAGGGAGCUGCUGGCGGCCGUGACCGAGCGGGGCUACCCUCUCCGUACAGCCAUCAUCGCCCUCCAGAAAACUGGCCAGCAGAGUCCAGAGCAGAUCUUGAGUUAUCUGGUAGCGUGUGAUCGGUUUUGUGAACUCGGCUAUGAUGAAGCUCAGUGAUGAAGCUCAGGCUUCCAGCAGAAUGCUAUUAAGGAGGUUCUUCUGGUGCAUGAGAACCACAGAGAGCGAGCGCUGGAGGAACUCAUGACCCGCGUGGCCGUGUUAUGAUGCAGUGAAUUAGCUGCGAUCAUGCUCCUCCUCUAGCCAAUCAGAUGAAGAGGGGCGGUGACGUCACUCCAACUCGCCUCAUUAGCUGCCAAUG